GCUGUAACAACUCGCGCUUCUCUAUAUCAUUUGUGGCAAAAUAUUUUGACACCGCAAAUACCACGCUGCCCUCUGUCUUGCGCGAAAAUUCAAUAAAUAAAAAACGCGAGGCACUUGAAAAGACCAAAAUCCACGGUCGAAUGAAAACACACACGCUGUGCUGCUCACUUGUAAUUAGCGUGGAAGUAAAAAUAAACGCCUCUAGUGAUUGUCAUAAAUAUCGUGCCGAUUAAUUAAAAUCCUCGAAUCGGCGGCGGACGCGCUUUUUUUCAUUUUGCUCCUUCGAUCUGUGGCCGUCGCCGCCGCGCGGUGCCAGAGAAAUUAUAAACAGCUAAUCUGCGGUACAAAUUGCCCCCUGUACAGUCUUGGAUAUGACGUCCAAGUGGUGGGACCGGUGUUCGUCUUGUUACUUUGUGCCAGCAUCAGCAUCGUCAUCAUCUGCAGUGAGCAGCAGCAGCAGCAUCCCGAGAGUAGCAUCUUGUCGUGGUCCAAGGGACGCCACAUUGGCAGCAGCAGCAACGAAUCCGUCCUGGUCUCAAGUGGUGGUGCAAUCGACCGUCCACGGCCGCAAUGUUUCAGAAAUGUAAAAAUAAAACAAUGAACACGGAGGAUGCCCUACUGCUAGUCAGGAAAAACUUUCUGUGCUGUACGCCGAUAAACCAAAUUGAUUGGCACGGUCUCCUCGACGAUAUCAGCUGGGAACAUCAGGAACAACUGCUCGACGCCACGGUCAACAAUCCGCUUGUACUGCAGUACCCUGUGAGAGUAGCGUAUCAGGUAGCAUUUUUGAAGCAUAUUAUACAUCACCUGAACAAGAUGAACGUAGAACAGCACGACCAAUUGUACGAAAAGUACUGCAACCUGCUGAGCAGUCAGUCGGGAAUCGAUGACCAAGCUGGAUUUAGUUUUAAACACUACGAGAUACCUGGAAACGAUGUGAUCACCCUGAAGGAGUCGUCCUCGUUCAUAUCGGAAGGCACGACCGGUCUGUGCAGCUGGCAGGCAUCGAAGGCACUGUGCGAGUUCGUCACCAACAACCUGGAAGAGUUUCGCGGAAAAAACAUCCUUGAGCUGGGUUCGGGAGUUGGCCUUACGGGAAUCUUCAUGGCCAAGUACUGCGAACCGUCGAUGAUCGUCCUGUCCGAUUGCCACAACUCGGUCAUCAACACGCUCCGGCAGAACGUGGAGCUCAACUUUCCCAAGGGCACCCGCGUCGACACCGACAAUCCGCUGAUAAGCUGUUUAAUCGAUAAUAUCGACAGCAUUGUGGCCGUGAUGGACCUCGAUUGGAGCUACAUCAACGCAUCCAAUCUCAACCAGCUCAUCGAGCCGGACAUACUCGUCGGGGCGGAUAUCGUGUACGACCAUGCCCUGUUUCAGCCGCUCCUGACGGCCGUCAACUACAUCUUUGCCAUUACCAACAACCGGUGCAAGUUUGUGCUGUCGUGCACGGAACGCAACCAGGACACGCUGAACGACUUCCUGGAGAUGCUCGUUUCAACCAAAUACUGCAUCAACGAGGAAACCGUCUGUCCGUCCAAACAUUUCCAGUGGGACUCAUCAUCGGCCAAAAUACGAAUUUUCUCCGUGACCCGAGACUGGAGCUUUCAGUGAACCUCUACAGCUAUCUAUCUAUCUCUACACAUAUAGUUAAACUUGAGCAACAUCAAACAGAGUGUAGAACCGCUUAGUCCAUUUUCACCUAAUUCAAAUCAGAGAAAAAUAUUUAUCUUUCUUAAAUUCUUUCCACUUAGAUAUUCGCUUAAAUAUAAUGCAAACAAACAAACAAACAAACAAAAUAAAAUACAAACAUUAAACGACAGGUUGUCAAAGUUACAAAUGUUACAUAUAUGUAUUGUUAAUAAGAGCUUUUCCAGAUUAGUGAUUCUCUCUAUAUCUAGCAUCACGCCACAGUCCAGUAGCAUAGUGUUCAACACAGUUCGUGGUGUGAAACAUUUUUUUAAAAAGUAGUAAUUUUACACAUCUAGCGUACACAUGAAAGUAUAGUAUAUUUUGAACUCCUUCUAACUUCUACUUUUAUAUUCCGAUAAUAAAAGACGAAAUGUUUUAGCUGCAGCACAA